GUCUCGCGCCGCGCGCCGCAGUGGCGGCGGCGCUUCCUCUCGGCGAAGGACGAGGAGGAGGGAACCGCCGGAGAAAGAGAGAGACGGACGGAUUAACGGGGGUUCGUCGAUCGGCGCGACGCUGAAGAGAGGAGUGAGCCUUCCUUUGUUCGCUCGGUGGAGAUGGUCUUCAAUUCUUUUGUCAAACUGUGAGCUACUCUGAAAUGCAUGAAGGGAAGGAGAUGGUCUUUCCCCGGAGUCGAUUCGUUUGUCAAAGUGUGAGCUACUGAAAUGCAUGGAAAAAAAAGGCCGCGUUAGCAACGCGACUUCCAGGUUCGCGUCGGCCGGCAACUUCGCCCUUCUUGUCGUCAACGGCGUCGAGGCUAGCCGUAUCUAUAGAUAUACACUGUGAGCUGUGUGCACAACGAGGAGGGCGUUGAAUCUACCCCUCGUGCAGCACGUAUUUCCCGGCUGGCGACACUCCGUAUACUGUAUAUGGUCGUGAGUUUGUGAGGUAAUUCGGCUUCAGGUAUCAAGCCUAUAUCUCCCUGUGAAAUCUCAUUCGCUGUACCGAGGCUUUUGUAAAGCCGAAAAAUUAGAUCCCUUCGUCAGCCGGUGACUUUGAACUCGCGAGUCUGCAGCGAAAUGGCCCAACAAAGGUCGUCGGGCGAAUUCAAGUUGCAAGAGAGAAUGAGAGAGAGAGAGAGAGAGAGAGAGAGAGAGAGAGAGAGAGAGAGAGAGAGAGAAAUAAAGUAUAACACCGGCGAAAGACGAGGGGAGGCGAAGACUUUGCCGAGAGGGAUGCCUUUCUCCUGCACCAGGGGAGAACAGGGCGUCGGCACAAGGAAGAAGAGAAGAGGGAGCGAACGAAGGAACCAAAUUAAAGUCCGCAGCAGCUCGCAAUAAAUAAUUGAGAUCCCAUUUAUGCGUCGCGGGGGGCGGCGGCGGCAGUUCUGACAAAAAAGUUCCGCACGUGAUAUCGCCAUGCUAAUCGGCCGACGUGCUGCUGCUACUGCACACACACUUCCUUCGAUUGUUAUCCGCAGCUGUACUUUUGAUUUGCACGUGGAAAGUGAAACGAGGAAGUUUUGCCGUUGAGAAGAAAGUUUCGGAGGGAGAAGGAUGAUCAGCUGUACACACUGCGGGCGACCAUAAUGGCACAUUUUGCGCAAUGACCUUUCGAUGCAAUCCAGCAACCAUUACCCGACGUCCAAAUUACCCUCUCGGCUAAUUAUUGGCGGCGGCGCGAGCGAGCGACUGCGUCCAUAAAGCGAAACUUUAUUCCGACGGCCGGCCCACACCCACGUUACUUAUAUACCAGGCAGUAAAUGCUUGCGCUUUGGCGUGGCGUAGAAUACGUACACGUGUAUACCUGCGCUUUCGCAACGUUUCAAAAGACUCGACGGGAGCUCGUGGCCCACUUGAAGAUCGAGCCCUCUGGAACGACGUGUAUCCGAUAUCGGCGGAUACGUCCACGCACAAAAAACAGCGGUGAUGACGCUCCUGUUAUUUUUUUUUUGUCCACUUCGUCCCGCACUUCAGUCUUCGGUUACACUCGCUUACUCGUAAGUGGGUUCGAAGGGAUCUCUGAGGUGAGGCGAUGAAGUGUACAGAGAAAGAUGCGGGAGGUAAAAGCAUUUUGUACUUUUUCCACGCGAUUCUCUGUACCUCGGUUUUCUGCCGCUGUAAUUUGCCCCUCGUGGGUAAGUUCAAAGGGAUCUCCGAGGUACUAAGACGCGAGCAAUGCGAGAGGGCAUCAUCGUUAGCUACGUGGAAAAUUCGUAGCACAACGCUGAACGGCAUUCCCCGCGAGACUUUCGCUCGCUCUACUCGACGACCGGAAAACAGCUGACUCCUUCUUUCUCUCUCUUUCUCUCUCGGCAAUGAAGCAGCUGCUGUCAGUGAAGUCUUGUUUGGACGCAUACCUGGCGUUGGUAUCAGAGACCCGUAUGGUCCGCCGUCGAAAAAGUGUUAAUACGAUUAUGAGCAGCAUCGAGGUAUCCAGAAUCAGCAUCAAAAACUUGGACGACUGGAGUGCAGUUGAUUGACUCGUGACCGUGAUGUCAACGAGUGAACGAGAAUCACUUUAUCCGAUUAUACCACUCAAAAGUCAAUGUCAGCACACCGUCACUACCAAGUUGGGUGGUAAAUGGUUCGAGAGAAAGAGUUAGAAGACCGAGGGGUUUCCAGUGUGAUUCCCUUGAAGCGAUGCCAGCGGGUCGGAUACUUUGUUGCGCUCGUUCAUGGCCGUUUUGCUCCGGCGGAGGUCAGUUGGUGCAACAGCUAAUGCUCGAGGAUUUACCGUGUAUAGUUUGGAAAGCUAAUUUUUUCAGCGGCUGCGGCGGUGAAUGUCUCCACCGGCCAAUAGCCACGAGGAAACAUAAAUGGAGCCGGAAAUAGGAGUAGUGCAGAUACUACCUCAACCGCGACAGCCAUUGAAAGCUGUCAUCUGGACGAUUUAUUCGGUUAUUUCGGUCGGCUUGAUUGUCACAAUCGCGGCGGUACUGAGCAACCAGUCCGACAAGCCGUCGCAAGAGGAGACACCGUCCGAGACAACCACGACGCCCAUUGUAUUCGCCAUGAAAGAUACGUCUGCCACGAGUCAGGUGAGCCAAGAGACGACAACGACGACGGUUGCUCAAGACAAUGUGCCGCGGAGGAGAGUCUUGCUAGGACCCUAUGCGGGAAAUAAAAGCAGAAGCGGUCGACCGCUCUCGCCGCGCCCGAAGCAGCUCGUCAUCAUUACGCUCGAGGAAGUCGUCGCUUACGAAUGUUAUUUCGAGGCGGGCAUCAAGGACGUCACAUGGUUGCGCAACAGCGACGUCGAGAUCGUCUACCGGGACGGACACCUCGGCGACAAGGCGAUCGUCAUGGACGUCACCGACGGUCUCACCUAUCCAGCCUCGAACCUCCACGACUGUCACGCCGACGGUCGACGUGUUCUGAAGUCGGGUAACCACGAAGACGACCUCACGACGACAUCGGAGGAUGAUCCUGCGACGUUGUUUCAACAACACGUUGCCACCACCUGGAAUUGCUAUCGGGAUCCGGUGCGGCAAGAUGCCGAGUGUCGGUACAGCGUUCGUAUACUCAGUUCCGCGACGGAUAAGGGACCGACGAGAUCCGCCGUUGAGCUGGUUUCGACAGAGCUGUCUCAGGGACGGCAGCGGUACGGCUACGUGCGACGCGGGCCGAUCUCGCACAGGCGCACUUACAGCAUCAAGCCUGUCGGAAACGAGGAGAUAAGUGACAACGCGAGCCUGUGCACGAUGAAGACACUGGAAGAAUACGACCUGACUUGGAAUUCGCAGUGGAUUCAGCCCAAAUACACGUUCUCAGUAUCGGAAGCCUGUCCGACUCACCGACUAUCUUGGACGGACGAGUUCACCUUCGACUCUGUCGAGCAUCAGUACCGUGACGUUAGGCUGCCCACGACUUUCCAUCUCUACCCCGUGACGGGAGAAUCGAUUACUCGACGCGAUGCCGACAAAGCCAACGGAAAACUCAGCAUUCCCCAACACGAUCACCCAGCAGCAUCGUUCCAAACAAUGCUCGGAAGCAUCGUUCAGUCACCCCCAGCUUCCUCGUACCAAGCUCCAUCGAUUGAUCGUCGACGUAGCGCCGAAAACAAUGAGGCAACGCGCUGCGUACCGCUGAUGCAGCAACGGGGGACUACUGCUGAUAGUAAUUCGGGAGCCGGAGAUUGCGAGGGGGAACGUCGACCGCAUCAGAGGGUCCGGACUCCGAGCGACUUUGUUGCCGAAACUUCCGCACUGGACCGGCGACACGUGCAGGAGGCCAGCGGCGACGGUCCACGUGAAAGCAAUUACGCGCGACGAUCUGAGGAUAUCGUAGGCGGAGGAUCGAGAUCUGGAGAGAAGCGGAAACGCGCUAGAGUUAAAUAUGCCUUCGAGUCGGCGAGGAUCGGCAAGACUCCCUGGAUUCUGCACACUAUCGUCCACUUCAGCAGCCUACACAACAUCAGUGUCCUCAACAUGGCUAUUUCGAGAUCGAAUACUCUGAACCGUGAGUCCAAAACUCACGAGGUGCAUCACGGCUCAGGAAAUUGGAAUCCGCGAAGCAGUCGACUAUUUAAGCCUCUGUUAGCAGAUGACCUCUACGUGACGAGGAUCCUGGCUGCGAAGGUCGAUAGCGAGGACGAGGCUACGGCGUAUUUUGUUGCUGCGCCUGUUGCUAACGUAUCCCGUAGAUUUCUGUACAAAAUGAAGGUUGUCUAUCCGCCGUUAGAGUAUCCGACUCUCGAGCCGGUGAGGUGUCUAACAUGUCUUGAGGAAAAUAAUCCAAUGUCGUUAAAAGAGAGGGUCUCGAGGCGAUAUCCGCGGUGUAUCUGGUCCGACGUACUAAUGUCGCACACUGCUGAGAAUUACAUUCUCAAUUGCAGAGGGCCAAAGCUUCCCUGGACUGCGAUUAUUUCGACUCCAAGCAACCGGAUAAUCCGCCGACUGGAUACAUGGUCGGAAUUUCGUUCCUGGCAUCGUUCGAAAUCUCAUCCACAGCAACACGAAUUCGAACUCGGUCUCAAGGAUGGUUUCCAGGCACGAGUAAGUCUUCACGUGCCUUUCGAUUGGAAGAACAAAUUCGGCGAAUGCAGACGGAAAUUGAGAUUACUAUUGAGGCUAGCUAAUGAACAAGAUGGACAACUGGUUAAUGCCCAGUUUGAUUUAUCACUGACGACCUUUCUGACAGGUGUCAAGGGAUACGCAGUGAUUUAUGCGGAUGUACGGGGGAGCACAUUCCGCAGUCUGGAUAUCUCCGGGUUGAAAUUCCAAAGUCGCGAAGCGAUGCAGAUUGCGGACUACUCGCGGGUUGUGCAACUCGUCGCCGAGAAAUUCAGCUGCGUUGAUUCGCUAGUCGGCUUCGGUGUCUUUGGAGAAGCCUACGGUGGGCACAUGGUACUCAAUCUUGUUGCCAGUGAAGAUGAAACCCAAAGAGCCGGAAAUGUGUUCAGUUGCGGAGUCGCCGUUAAACCUUUCGCUGCUUGGCAGCCGUACGUCUACCCUUUUACGACGAAGUCCUCCAGUGAACUAGUCACCGCACUUCGCAAAAAACUCUACAAACGUCAAUACCUGUCUCCGUUGACUCGGCGCCUUCGAGGAAGAAACUUCGCGCUGCUGACUGAAAAAUCAAAACACGGCGCUCGACAUCAUUACGAAGACAACCUCUUGGGGUUACUAGUUCGACAUGGUGUCGAAUUCGAGCAUCGACGUUACGGAAAUGACUGUAGCUCAAGGCUCGGGCUGUACGAGGACCUGAGCUCCUACUUUGAUCGAUGCUUUGAAAGGCAAUAUACGAUUCGAGGUCUUUGAAUCAAAAUUCAAACUGGAUUAUGUGUUAAAGCAUGAUGUCUACAGAAAAUAAAUUAUUUCUUGAAAUAGUAGAACAAACUGUGAUAUUGUGCAUCGGGGUAUGACUAGAUUAAUCAUAGAAUUUAAGUAGUAAUUACAGUCGCGUUUAGUACGACUGUUAUAAAGUAAAGACUUUCUUAUGCAUUUUCGUUGUAUCAUCAAAUAUUGUAAUUUGAACAGUUAUUCAUGGCUUA